CUGACAUACAGGAUGAACACUCUCCACGCUCUCAUUCUCGUGGCUGCUGGCCUCUCUGUUGCCCACUCCUUGGACUACAAGGCGCUCACCCAGUUUCGGAGGAUGAUCCUGUGUGUGAUGCCUGAUAGCUGGCCUGUUUUUGACUACGCCGACUACGGCUGCUACUGUGGGAAAGGAGGCUCCGGCACACCUGUGGAUGAUCUGGAUAGGUGCUGCCAGGUGCACGAUCAGUGUUACAGCGAUGCCAUGCAGCAUCCUGAGUGCUGGCCCAUCUUUGACAAUCCUUACACCGAGUAUUAUGACUACAGCUGUGAUGAGAAGAACAAGAAGGUCACCUGUGGCAACAAAAACAACGAAUGCGAGAUGUUCAUCUGUGAGUGUGACAGAAAAGCCGCCGAGUGUUUCGCCAGGUCACCUUGGAACCCCGAGCACGAGCACCUGCCCAGCGACCAGUGUUAUUAAAC